UCUCGGAGACGGGACAGCCAGUCGAAGGGUGAAGUCGGUAACACUCGAGCGGCAAAGAUUUGUCCUGCGCUGAGACUGUUUUCUGUUUCAGCUUUUUCCUUCACGGACGAUCACCCAGAAGCAGCACUGAGGAUAUUUCGGCGGUGUGUUGGGUAAAUAAAGAUCAGAGCGCACACACUGACGUCGCGAUCCAGAAGCUCGCCGCGGCGCGCAAGAACAAGAGGAGCCAGGAUUGAACCACUCUCCACGGGACGUGCGGUUUUUCUUCCGUUUCCAAGAGCAAACUGGGACUAAAGAAAACCUCCACGUGAAAUGCGGUCAGUAUUAAAUCCAGCUUGUCAUUCAAGAGACAGAAUUAAUCUUGAGUGAAUCCACAUGCAGUGUUGAGAGCGACCGAGUGAGAGGCGAAAUAUUGUUGUCUGUCAUAUCCUCUGUUGUUUUUCCCUUUUUCAAAUCCCAGAGGCGAGCAGUGACUCAGAUAAGGGUUUAUUUUUACCGCCUACACACUGACUUAUUGGACUGACUUUUCCGAGAGGUUACACUCUGAAGAACAACGUGUUUAUGGAUUGCUGCGCAGCGAGGAGCACCGGGAGUUGUAGGCUACGCUCUUGUGCAUCGAUCAUGUUGAUACCUCGCUGUUGCUGUAAACUUUGAUAGAUGUUUACAGAGAGAACUUAGUAAUAUAGACAAGCGCUUAGAAUAAAUAAACUCAGAUAAACUCAGAUUGACCCCGGAGAAGGUGGGAAGCGCUUUUUCUCUCCCUUUCUCGUUUUCUUUUUUCCUCCCAAGACGUCAGAACGGAUCUCUAUCAACGUAGUCUGACUCCUUCUGUGAUUUAAACAAAGACCAAAGUGUUUGGGGAUAGCAUGGCAAUGGUAGUAAACCAGUGGCCAGAGAACAUUUCUGCAGAUCCGGGGUCUCAGCUCCAGAUUUGCGGCCAAGAGCCCGGCGGGGCACCGGGGACACCCAACGGUUCCACCCCGGGGAACGACGCACUUUCCGGGGACAAGAUCCCCAACGUGGACUGCAUGGUGUGCGGGGACAAGUCCAGUGGGAAGCAUUACGGUCAGUUCACCUGCGAGGGAUGCAAAAGCUUCUUUAAGCGCUCGGUGAGGCGGAACCUCACUUACACCUGCCGGGGGAACCGAGACUGUCCCAUCGACCAGCACCACCGGAACCAGUGUCAGUACUGCCGGCUGAAGAAGUGCCUCAAAGUCGGCAUGAGGAGAGAAGCUGUACAAAGAGGGCGCACAUCAAACUCCCAGAGCAGCCCGGGACAGUACCUGACCAAUGGCACCGACCCAUACAACGGCCAACCCUACCUAUCCGGCUUCAUCUCUCUGCUGCUGCGUGCAGAGCCCUACCCAACAUCUCGCUACGGGGCCCAGUGCAUGCAGGGAAAUAAUCUGAUGGGCAUCGAGAACAUCUGUGAACUGGCGGCCAGGCUGCUGUUCAGUGCUGUAGAAUGGGCCAAGAACAUCCCCUUCUUCCCUGACCUGCAGCUCAUGGAUCAGGUGGCACUGCUGCGCAUGUCAUGGAGCGAGCUCUUCGUCCUCAAUGCAGCCCAGUGCUCCAUGCCGCUUCACGUGGCCCCUCUGCUUGCAGCGGCCGGCCUGCACGCCUCGCCUAUGUCAGCAGAGCGUGUGGUGGCCUUCAUGGACCACAUCCGCGUCUUCCAAGAGCAGGUGGAGAAGCUGAAGGCCCUGCAGGUCGACACGGCUGAAUAUUCCUGCCUCAAGUCCAUCGUGCUCUUCACAUCCGAUGCGAUGGGCCUGUCAGACGUCGCCCAUGUGGAGAGCAUCCAGGAGAAGUCUCAGUGCGCCCUGGAGGAGUACGUGAGGAACCAGUACCCCAGCCAGCCAAACCGAUUUGGACGCCUCCUCCUCCGCCUGCCGUCCCUGCGCAUCGUCUCCUCUCCGGUCAUCGAGCAGCUGUUUUUCGUGCGCCUGGUAGGCAAGACACCCAUCGAGACACUGCUCCGUGACAUGCUGCUCUCGGGCUCCAGCUACAACUGGCCCUACAUGCCCACCGUGCAGCGCGAGCGGCCCAUCUCCCUCCACUACAAUGAGAACGGGCCAUGAGGAGAAACAUCUAUCUGAAUACACUUAUCCAUCCAUCUUUACUUCUCUUCAUUCUCUGCAUUCAACUUCUCAGCUUUCCCAGAGGAAGCAUCUUCCUUGCCAUUCCGCACAAAAAUCCGCACUGACGGUACAAUCUGUUACUGUCCCGGUUACACAAGCCAGCCAAUCAUUCACCGCGGCCAUUGCAGAAACUUGGUGGCCCCGCUGCAGUCCCUGACUUGAUGGUGUAGUCUACAUUUGAGAUGUGGCAUGAGAUGGACAGGUUGGUAGAACGGGUUAUUGCACAGUUCACCAGCAGGUCUGUUGGACUCACUUCAGAUGUCAGUCUCAAACCCCGAGCAAACAGGGGCAGCAAAAGACAAAACAUUUGCUCUAUCGUUGGUGCUGUUCCUACACUUAAAGAGGCUGUAUACAAGCAUCCCAGUAUGGCGAAUACUGAAUAAGGGCUUUGCCAAUGGGACUCUACAACCAAGAGCACAAGGCCUGAUGUAUAUUUACCAAUUUUUGAAAACAAAACCAGAAGCCAUUAAAAAAAAAGACAAAUGCCAAAAUGUCUUGGACUUUUGCAGAGGACGUUUUAUUGUGUGUGUUUGUAUUAGCACUGUUUAUAUGGAGAGAAAACUCAUGAUUGUGUCCAUAUGUACAGUAUAUCGUUGAUUCAUAGGCAUCUAUAGCAUAUUAGGGUUCAAUGGGAAAAGCUCAGGUUCAAAGGGUGGGUAGACAGACAGACAGACAGACAGAUAGUCAUGCCAAUAUCAGUACAAGUACAAAAAAGAUGAACCCAGCUAAAUUUACACUUAUCAGCAGCCUGUGCCAAAGCUGAGAAACGCAUAUAGUUAAGAUUAUUUUUGCGGUAGUGUUGGUGAUGAAAUUUUAAUGUUUGGUUUGUCUAUAAUUUGACUAUAUACUUUUUUUGGGUCUCAGGGGGAGAGAAGGAAUUUGUAAAAGAUAAAUACAAAUAAAAGCUUAGGCACUUGCUUUAUAGUCAGAACCUACACUUAUUCACUCCUGUAAAAUCACAGCACUGGUAGAUUCUUGCUGCCCGUCCAUCAUUUGACCGAUCUAGCUUUUUACUUAUUCAAAAAGCCCAAAAUUCUAAUUCUAACUCCUUACAUGAUGUUAUCACAGGAGCGACACAACUCAUCGUUGUUUUUCAGUCAUGAUUGUUAAUAUUGGACCUUUUGGACUGGGGUGGGGGGCAUUUUACAAAACUAGCUGUACUUGCCUUAGAACAAAGAUUUUGUCACUGAACAUUUAUCUUAUGACUGUGCCAUAAUCUCUCGUUACCUGUUAUAACAGGUAUUAUGUCCUGUCAGGAGAGGAAAUGAACUCAUAUGAUGAAAAAAUGAAAAAAUGUGCACAUAAAGUCACAGAAAAGCGAUGCAAAACAUUUUUUUAAUGCAUCAACUUAUAAUAUCAAGAAAAAAAACUUGUGAGAACAGAUAGUUCUGCUUUAACAUCAUUAGCACUUUCAUUUUUUAGACCUCAUGCAAGUUCUUUUCCACUUCCUGAUGAUGUUGUCAUAUAGGGAAAACCCCCUCGACUCAUGUCAUUUGAGCUUAUCGUACCGAUACUGUAGAGAAAUGUAUCACUAACCUCUGAAAACCUCAGUCUAUGUUACAAUAUUAUCCCAGUUGGACUUAUGACUGUGACCUAGCUUAGGACUAUUUGAAGUUGUUUUUUUUUUUUCUUCCCGUUGGUGCAAGCGAGUUUGUUUUGACAACCUGUCUCACAUUUCCAACAUGGCACUGUGCUAUCAAUGUCAAGUCAUCUGGGACCUUAGGAAGCUGUCUGUUGAUAAAUGAAUUCACAGAAUAUGAGUUUGUUUUUAGCCCCUCUACUUUUGUUUGAAAAUAUGGAUUAUCCAUUAACUGAAAUAAAAUUCUGUUGUUCACA